AUGAGUUCGUUUGUCGCCUUUUUUUUUUCUGCUUGUCUCCAUCGUUCCUCCUGCGUGGGUCUCCUAAUUCGUCUUCCUUUCUUCCUCAGAUCUUUUCUUAUUUUGGCCUUCAAUCUCCUCCUCCUCCUCGCGUUUAUGUCUACCUCUUACCUCCUUUCAUUUGCCCCCUCUUUCUAUCUACUUUUCCCCUCCAUCAAUAGUUUUGUUUGUCUGUCUUUUUUUCUUUCUCUCUCGCUUGGGGGUUGUUGUUGCAAUCCAUACACACAUUUUUUGUUUGUUGCUUUAUCUUUUUCUUUCAUCUUAAUUGUUUCUCCUUCUCUUUCUUUCUCGCACAUCACUGAAUUAUUUCAUACUGUCAAUACGCUCCCCCCCACAUCUAUUACUUUUUUUUUGCUCUUUUAUCUUUCUGUCAUUCUUUCUCACAUUUUUCCUCUUUCGUUCGCUCUUUCUUCCACUCUUCAUCGUUUUUUUUUCUGUUUUAGUUUUAUCUCUACCCACUUUCGGCAGCUUUUCCAUUUAUUUAUUUAUUUAAUAUCUCUGCACAGUGCAACCUCAGGUGUUUAUUUCUAUUUACCACCCUGCCCACCUACUUUCACUUUUUUUCACCUACAAUUGUCUUCUUCACACUUUUUCUGUUUUUUCUUUCUUUCUUUCCGGUUUGAUUUCUUUCUCUCUUCUCUUCUCACAUUCAAACCUGAUUUUUCUAAAUUUCUUCCGUUCACCUCUUUCUCUCAAAGACACCAGUGUUUUCCACUUUCCUUUUCUUAUUUAUAUACAGUCCGUUAUUUCAUUUUCAUAGAAAACGACUGUGGCUGUAAUUCGAUUAUAAAUUCUAUUUUUCUUUCGGCACCCCCCUCUCCAGGUGGUAAUGCGUUUUUUUCUACUAAUCGAGUAGCAGUGAGCCGCCUAGAUGCCCUUGUGGAUUUUGGGGAACAUUUAGAAAAAAACAAAAGCAGGGCCUUACAGACUGCAGCUGCAGCAGUAAUGUCCAAAGAAAAUGACCAAGUUAAAAACUCUUCCCCAUCCUCUUCAUCACACAAGAUUCCUGAUGCACCACUGGAAAAUCCCCAGCUCCAAGAUCGUCGGGGGGUAGCAGUAUCACAGUGUCAUCUGUCAAGUGGAUCUGGAGUCCCUAAAGCAGUAGCCCCCACUCCAUCAGAAGGUAGCUUCACUAGUAACCCAGUUAUAGAGAGUUCAUGUGAUGAUAGGCUGGAUGGAAGUCGUACUGCUGUAAUUCGAACUGUUGACCACCCAAUCACCAGUACCUCAGCUGCAACCACAGGUACAGGCGGCACGACAGGUGCCAGCGGGACCAGCCUAAUAUUACCAGACCAUCCUCUUGGGCCACAAAAGCACAGUAAAACUAUCACCACUUCAAAAUGCGGCAGUCCCUUGACAGAGUCUCCCAUGGCUAAUAGCACCAUUUGUAGCACCAGUACAAUGCUAGUGACCACAACCAGUGACAGUGGUCACUCGCCACUCAGGGACAAGAGCACUUCUGGCAAUGAAGUGAUGACAAUAAAAGAAAGUUCCGCUCCAAUGUCUGCCACAACUGCGUCAUCAAGCAGGGAAGAAAGUACGCAAUGCACAUCUGGUAGUUUCUCUAAUCAACAAACACAGAUCUCCUCUUCCUCCUCCUCCUACCAGCAGCAACCAUCGACGGUGGAAGGGGCCAAGGCAGAGGAACAGAAAGGGGUGAAGAGAAGCCGGGAUGACUUAGAAGAAAAACCAGUACAAAAAAAUAAAAAAAGGUGUUAUCGUUGUAAUUGCAAAUUAGAAUUAGCUCAACGUCAAAUUGGUCUAUGUCGCUGUGAUUAUGUGUUUUGUAAAGCACACAGGUUACCAGAACAACACAAUUGCACUUUUGAUCACAAAGAAGAUGGACGCCGAGAAGCCCGUGAAAAAAAUGAUCAAGCCUGUUCGACACUUAGGAACAUCGUUCAGAAGACUGGAUUCCGAUUCCUGAAGACUAUUCCUUCUACUAUGCACUGUAUUCAUGAAUUCAAUUUCAAUGAAAUUGAAACAAAAAAAACAGCAAAAACUUAA